CCUGGAUAUACUAGGGUAAUAUAAAAAGACAGCUGCUAUCAUUUAUCAUAUCGAUCAUGACCGGCACGAACAAUACGUUGCUGAGCAGGCCUUCUCCAAGCGAGCUCAGAGCCACAUGGAUCUCCCUCUUCAGUCAUCCGGAAAUCACCGUACAAGACCUGCAGGAUCAAGCGAAUUUGAGCGGCGGGAUAGGGCAGGACGAGGACGAGCUAGGUGGGGUUACGUUACGGAGCGUAUACUGGCGUAUCUAUCUCGGAACUCUGCCGCUGGAAACGCUACAAUCAGGGUCGAGCAUCCCGUUACGGAGUCAUCUUCAAGCUCAGCGAAGAGAGUAUGAUAAGAAGAGGGAAAAGUGGCUCAAGGCUCCGGAUGGGCGGUGGGCUUCUGAUUGUUCGGUACCCGAGGAUGUCACCACGACACAAAAGGUAUCGAGAGACAGUGGGAGUGGUGCAACGUGGGAUCCUUUGAAUCUUGGCGAGGAGAACCCUUGGCAAGCGUGGUUCCAGAAUGCGGAGUUGAGAAGGACGAUAGAGAAGGACGUAGAAAGAACCUUCCCUGAUAUGAAAUACUUUUCUGAUCGUUCCGUACGGAAGACUCUGACAACUAUCUUGUUCCUAUGGGCCAUCGAACAUCAGGAUGUUGGUUAUCGCCAGGGCAUGCACGAACUCCUCGCAACGAUGUUGAUGGUCGUCGAUCGUGAUUCUAUACCAGUCAAAUCCGGCAUGAACACCUCGGCCGCAAUAUCGCCCUUGCAAGAAGGCUCCUCCUCGACAAUAUCCAGGCUGGAGGAAAGCAUGUCGCUGGUAUUGGACAGGAGCUAUGUCCAGCACGAUACAUAUGGGCUCUUCUGCCGUUUGAUGGAAACGGGCAAGGAUUGGUACGAAUGGAGGACCGAGUCGAUUGGCGCGCCUACUCUGCAGCGUAGAGCCAAGAUCAUCGACAUGUGCGAGUAUAUGCAAGAUGAUCUGAUGAAGCGGGUGGACCCGAUCCUUCAUGCCAAAUUCGCCGCGGAAGGCAUCGAAGGCCAACUCUGGGGAAUCCGAUAUGUCCGUCUACUUUUCACCAGAGAGAUGCCCUUCAAAUCGGCCCUGCGAAUAUGGGACGGUCUGUUCGCAUCAGGUGGUAGGGUCGACGAGCUCGUGAGCUACGUAUGCAUCGCGCUGUUGCUGCGGAUCCGGCACCUGCUUCUCCCGUGCGAUUACACAGGCGUCUUGACCAUGCUCUUGAAGUACCCUCCAGAUAGCCCCGAUUUGCCUCUAGAUCCCUCGCUCCUGUUGCAACAGGCCAGAGCCAUUCGGGAGAAUCCCUCGCCAUCUACCGGUGCGGCCAUCACGAUUCAGAACCAGGAGAGUUUGGGCAUACCAGCAUACGAACCAGAUGGGACGGAGAGCAUACCGUCGGUCUCACACCACCAGACGCUGAGAAGCCGUCAAAGAUCCGCACCGACUACAAGCGUUCCUCGCGCCGCCGGCGCUACGCCUCGGGGAUACGGCUUCGAGUCAUUGGCACGAGGAUUCAUGGAGCGGGCUCAGGCGUCCGGUAUAGACAAGACGAUCCUGUCAACGGUAUCGGAGUUUCGCAAAAACUUGCCAGACUUCAACCCGCCUGCAGCCCCGACAUUCCCGUUCCGGACGUAUACGCCAGACACGUCCGUCGAUCUGAUUUAUGACAGCGAUAUGGCUGCACCAGACCAGACGUACCCAGCUCACCCAAUCAGAACGCUCCUCGACGCCGAACGCGAGAUUGCCGAACUACGAUUGGUCAUGAUUGGCAUGGGAAAGGCGAUGGGAUCUUGGAUGGACGUGGUGCAUCCACCGAACCAGCCGAGAUCAGCUACAGAAGCUGAGCCUAUGACAGCAGCAUGGACGGGCAUGAAAAGGCUACAAGAGUCCUUACUGGAUGGAGGAGCUGCCGCGACGAGCGAUCUGGCAAGAGUCUGGGCGUGGUCGCAGGACCUACAAUCAAUCAGUACACCAGCUACGACCGUAAUUGGUAGCAGCUAUCCGCGCAGCCCGACCUUUUCCACUACGGGAUCCAACGGUAUGGGUCAUUCGCCCGUGAUGUCGACUCACGCCACGUUUGGCGUUUCGUCCCCCAGUUUUUCGAAUCCGGCCAAUUUCAAUACCCCUCGGCACUAUGCGACCGAGACGAACAGGGUCUCGCUCAACUCGCCGCGGAAUCUGAAUGGCUUUGGUGACCCCAAGGCGACAUCAUUCUCCCCUGCGGUACAUAACGCCGGUCAACGGGAUUCAUCUACGUCUACUCAUUUGCCUGAACCUUCUCCACGCCAGCGCAGUCCUAACCGUACCGUAGAUCAGUUCGACACACCCUUCGAGAUGCCAAAAUCAGCAGACCACACGGAAGAUAUCGGGCUUCAGCCUCCCAAAAAGACCAAUGUGGACCCCCUUUUAGGAAUAGGCAUCUGACCAAAGGUUCACAAGUUGUAUCCAUCGUUGUAUCAGGAUCUCCUGCCGUGAAAUCAUCAUCUUCGCAACUUGUAGUAAAGGGUCGAGUGUGGAUGACGUAAUCGCGGAAGACCUUUCCGUACGUUGCACCCAAAUCCCGUCGAGGACCUCUUUACAUCCUCCGUUAUACUGUAAAAAAUCGUUACCAGGCAUACAUUUAUCAUAGCU